AUGUCUGUCCUGCUGACUCUGUGUGUCGUGCUCUUGCCCCUGGCGACCCCGGGCCGAGGCGCCGGGCGAUGGGGGCCCUGCACGGACCUGCGGCCCCUGGACAUCCUGGCAGAGGCGGUCCCUCCUGAUGGCACUGCGGUCGGGGUCAGGGUGACACAGGUCCAAGGUGUGCGAGGACUUCAGCUCUCAGCUGCUGCCCCCCACGACCUGAGCUUCCCUGCGUCAAGGAUUUUCUUCAGAUGCGACCUCUUCCCGGAAGAAUUUUCCAUCGUCGUAACCUUGAAAGUUCCCAGUCUCCCCGCUAAGAAGAACGAGUACCUGUUCACGGUGGUGGCGGAGGAGCGGGACUCGCUGCUGCUCGGCCUGCGCUACUCGCCCGCCCAGCUGCACUUCCUCUUCCUCAGGGAGGCCGAGGCGCGCACCUGGCGGGCCCGCGUGUCCUUCCGCGGCCCGGCUCUGACGGACGGCCGGUGGCACACGCUGGUCUUGGCCGUGUCCGAAGGCUCCUUCUCCCUCACCACGGACUGCGGCCUCCCCGUGGACAUAAUGGCUGAUAUGCCCUUCCCGGCCACCCUAUCGGUGCAAGGAGCCCGGUUCUUCAUCGGCAGCCGGAGGAGGACCAAAGGCCAGUUCACGGGCCUGGUGAGGCAGCUGGUUCUGCUGCCGGGCUCAGACGCCACCCCGAGGCUCUGUCCCUGCAGGAAUCCUGAGCUCGCCCUGCUGUCCAUCCCCCCUAUCCUGCGGGGACUCACGGGGAGGCCGGAAGAUAAUGAGGUGCUAAAGUAUCCCUAUGAAGCCGACAUGAAGGUGACGCUGGGAUCCCGGCCGCCGUGUACCAAAGCGGAGGACGCCCAGUUCUGGUUUGACGCCGGCCGCAAGGGGCUAUACCUGUGCGUGGGCAGCGAGUGGGUCUCCGUGUUAGCAGCCAAAGAAAGGCUGGACUACGUGGAGGAGCACCAGAGCCUGUUCACGAACGCGGAGACGCUGGGUAUCGAGGUCUUCGUCAUCCCUGAGGCCGGGCUCUUCGUGGCCACUGCCAACCGCAAAACCACGUCCGCCAUCUACAAAUGGACCAACGGGAAGUUCUCCUCGUACCAGGACAUUCCCACACACCAAGCACAGUCCUGGAGACAUUUCACCAUUGGAAAAAAGAUCUUCCUGGUUGUGGCUAAUUUUGAACCGAAUGAAAAGGGUCAGGAGUUCUCUGUCAUUUACAAAUGGAGCCAGAGAAGGCUGAGGUUCACACCGUACCAGAGGGUCCUCACCCACAGCGCCCGGGACUGGGAGGCCUUCGAGGUGGCCGGGGAGCACUUCCUGGCCGUGGCCAACCACCGGGAAGGCGACAACCACAACAUCAACAGCGUCGUCUACAAGUGGAACCCAGGCACCCGGCUCUUCGAGGCCAACCAGACCAUCGCCACGUCAGGCGCCUACGACUGGGAGUUCUUCACGGUGGGGCCCUACGCCUUCCUGGCUGUGGCCAACGCCUUCAACGGCACGUCCACGCGGCUGCACUCCCACCUGUACGUGCGGCUGGGCGGCUCCUUCCAGAUCUUUCAGUCCUUCCUGACGUUUGGCGCCGCAGACUGGGAGGUUUUCCACAUCGGGGAGAGGGUGUUUCUCGCCGUCGCGAAUAGUCACCGCUAUGACGUGGAAAUGCAAGUGCAAAACGACUCCUACGUCAUCAACUCCGUCAUCUACGAACUGAACGUCACCGCGCAGACGUUCGUCAGGUUCCAGGAGAUCCGCACCUGCAGUGCUCUGGACUGGGAGUUCUUCUCAGUGGGAGAAGAUUAUUUCCUGGUGGUUGCAAACUCCUUCGACGGAAAUACCUUCUCGGUAAACAGUAUUAUUUACAGGUGGCAGGGGUACGAAGGCUUCGUGGCCGUGCACAGCCUCCCGACCUUCGGCUGCAGGGACUGGGAGACCUUCCACACGGCUGCCGGCUCCUACCUGGUCUACUCCAGCGCCAAGGAGCCGCUGUCCAGGGUGCUGAAGCUGAGGACAGGGUGA